AUGAAACAAUUUUCUUUUUUCAAUUACCAACCGGGAAAUGAUGAGAGCAGCCAGCAGAUGACCGGAACCUCAAAUAAUACCACAACAUUUAUUAAUUAUGAUCCACAACAACAAGAUAGCACAAGUGUUGGAAGUGAAACCAGUGGCUCCAUGAAUCCACCUGCUUCCAGAAAGGGAAGAAAGAAAUCAUCAUCAAGAGGAGGUUCUUCUUCAUCGGCUUCUACACAAAAAAAGAAGAAGAAAACGAAAAGUAAAAAACAACAAGAGGAUGAUGAUGAAGAUGAUGAAGAUUUGGAAGAUGACUUUGCACCACCACCACCAAAGAAAAAGGCUUCAACACCACAAGAUUUGGACGAUGACGAAGACACUAAUGAUGUCGGAUUUGAUCAAUCUUCGAAUGCUGGAAAUGAUUUUUAUGGAUCUGGAAUGGAUGAUGAAGAUAUGGAUGAUGAAGACGAAGAAAAUGAAGAAGACAAUGAAGAUGAACAAACAGAAGGAAAAAAGAGAAAAAGAAAAUCAAAAUCUGGUGCAGAUAAAGAAGGAGGGCCAGGACGAAAAAAGGCUGAUAUUGCUCCUCACAUUCGCCAAAUGAUGUAUGGAUUUGGAGAUGUGAAAAAUCCAUUACCUGAAACUGUGGCACUUAUGGAAGAAUUGGUCAAGGAAUAUGUGCAUGAAAUUGUCACAGAAGCUACGAAAAUGUCAAAACGAGGAAAGUUAAAUCCAGAAGAUUUGAUCUUUCUCAUAAGGAAUGACACAAAGAAAUAUCUCAGAGUAGAUGAAUUAUUGAGGAAAUAUCAAGAAAUUAAGAAGGCUAGAGACUUUUAA